UUGCGUAUCUUGUGCUAUAUAACCCAUAAGCCAUCUCUUCCUGCUUUCCAACUGUUUCGCUUACAUCCCUGUAGUUGGAUGGUCACCCUCUAAGUCUAGAGGGCCCUUUCCAGCCCUUUCAUCAAUGCACACUUUCGCUAACCCAGAGUUGUCAGAAGGUGGCACUGGAUCUCAGCAGUUUCCCAGGACGAAGAAGAAAUAUGCCUUCACCCAGAGGGAUUCACAUAAGAUGGCCAAUGUUACUCCAAGGAAAAGGAAUCAAAGUUCUUCUCAAUAUGGCAGCCUAUUAUUUAAAAAUCCAGUGAAGAAAGUCAUAUUGGACUUUACUGAAAGUAUGUCUUCAUCCCCAAGUGGAACCCCGAAAAAGGAAAUGUCCCAAAUUAAUGAUAAAGAAAAUGUAUGUUACCUGUUCCAAGGACAGCACGUUUCAAGUCAGUUCAAUAAGUAUCCACUAGAAACAGCCUGUGCUAUUCAAAAAGGGGGGGUAACCCCACUGAAGUCUCCACAGCAAGGUUCUCCCUUCAAAUCUGCCAUGUCUACCAGAUCCUUUUAUAACAGAGAUAAAUGGUACCUGAACCCACUGGAGAGGAAGCUUGUCAAAGAGAGCAGAUCUCUUUGUCUGAAAAAUGAUUAUGGAUAUACCAAGCCAAUUCCCACCUUGACCGAAAAAAAACAUCAAAAGUUGUUCAAGAGGACAAACUCUAAAGUAAAAAGGAAUUCAGCUCCUAAAUAUGGAAGUUAUAAAGGCAUUAAAACUGUGUCAAGGAAUGCUAUCAAACCCCAGCAAAACAGAGUGAUUUUUAAACCAACCACGGGGCAGGAGGAUGAUACCCAUGAACUGGCGAAGAGUUUGACCCCAGCUCCUCGAGUUCUGAGUCUAAAAGUUAAGCCCCAAGUGACUCUCCAGAGUGGAGCGGCAUUUUUUGUGGCUGGGAAAAAAUCCCACCCUUUGGUCAAAAAAGUGAUUUUGGAUAGUCAAACAACAUCUGAAGUCAAGGCAAAUAAGUCUAAACCAGCAGUGAUUAUGAAUCCUGGUUUGCCUAGCACUAAGGAAGGAGAGACUUUUGAGAGUCCAAAUGGUAGAGUUAUUUCUUCUAAAGAAAGGGAGCUUGUUGAGGAUAAGCCUUUUUCUUUAAAGGAGUCUCACAAGGAGAAUAGUAAAAAAGGAUCUCCUGAAUCUGUCACCUAUCCCAUCUUUAGUACAACUUCAGUCAACCAAAAAAGUUCUUCAGUUUUUCUGGAAGAAACAUCGUCUUUAGGAUCUGGCACAACUAUCGAGUCUUCCAAUGUCUUGAAAGAGCUUCAAGCACCAAAGGCUAACAAAAACACCAGAGAAUUAAACAAAGACUUGAAAGACCAGUUUGUUAUUGAUGCAGGUCAGAAGCAUUUUGGAGCCAUCAUAUGCAAGUCUUGUGGCAUGAUCUAUACAGCAGCUAACCCUGAGGAUGAAGCACAACAUGCCCACUAUCACCAGAGAUUCUUGGAAGGAAUUAAAUAUAUGUGUUGGAAGAAAGAACGUAUUGUGGCAGAGUUUUGGGAUGGCAAAAUUAUACUAGUACUUCCUGGUGACCCAAAAUAUGCCAUUCGAAAGGCAGAAGAAGUCUGUGAACUUGUAGAUAAUGAACUGGGAUUUAAGCAAGUUAUCCCAAACUGUCCCGGCAAAAUCAAAACCUUCCUCUAUAUAUCUGAAAGGAAGGUAAUUGGAUGUUUAAUAGCUGAGCCAAUCAAACAGGCCUUUCGUGUCCUAACUGAACCAGCUAGUCCAGACUCUCCAAACCAACAAACGUUUUUCAACCAGCGAGCCUGGCAAUGUUCCAGUACCCCAGAACCAGCACUCUGUGGGAUCAGUCGGAUCUGGGUCUUUAGCCUGAUGAGAAGAAAGGGCAUUGCUCGUCGAUUAGUUGAUACUGUCCGGAAUUGCUUCAUGUUUGGCUGCUUUCUAAGGACUGAUGAAAUAGCCUUUUCUGACCCAACACCAGAUGGCAAAUUAUUUGCAACCAAAUACUGCAACACUCCCAACUUCCUUGUAUAUAACUUUAUUAGUUAGACAAAUUUAGCUAUACCCAGAAAUACUAAAACCUAUCUAUAUCUAGAAGUUUUAUAUGUUUAUUAACUUGGCAAAUCAGAACAAAUUUGUCCUUUUUUCCUUAAGAUCCAAAUUAUUAAAAACUUCUGUUACAGGCUGACUUACUCUCUGGUUUAUCAGUUUUUGUGUAUGGCUAUGGUUGUAGAAAACAAAUUAUCUCCCUUGCCUUCUGAUUCAGAGAGUAAGUUGGCAAAGCAUCUGGUUUUCUAUAGUACCUAGUCUCUAGCAUCGAGGGAUUAAUUUUCAGUAUACAUUAUAGCUACUUGACUAGAGCAUAUCAGUUUGUUAUAUUGAGAGAACUUUUAUAUUGUGUUAAUUCAUUAAAUUAUGUUUCAAAUUUCUAAUAUCUUCUAGGUCAAUAUUAAACAAUUGCCACUUUUUUAGAUGCUCAAAUGCUAUUGAAAACUCUGAAAUGAACCAAAUGUUUGUUGAAUUGGUUCAUCAAGUUUAACCCUGGUUAGUAGCUGCAAUAUUGUAAUUUCCACAGAUAAUUUUAGUCAAGUGAAAAUUUGACAGCUUUUAUUGUGCUACUGUCAUUGUUAUUUAAUACCAUUGAUGUUAAGCUUAAGACAACUUGAAAUUUCAUUCUUUUUUUUAAAGCACCUUAAUUCUUAGGCAUCUAAUUAAAACUGGGGAAAUGUACAUUACAAGAUUUCAUAUUUCAGUAUCUCUUUUUUUAAAGUUUUUUAAUUUUAAAAAAUAUUUUUUCAGUAUCUCUUCAGGUGGAAUUAUGAUGCUCUAGAGGAAAUGAAAGGGUGUAAAUAGAUCUGUCUUUUCUAGGUGAAUUUUGGUGUUUUCUGCACUGACAUUUAGAAAUGGCUUGUUAAA